AAGUAAAUCAAGUGGGAGGGGACGAAGGCCAUCACAGCUACUGCUACGCCUGUCACGGAAAAUCGACAAUUUGGAUCCAAGAUGACGGACUCCAAGUACUUCACCACCACCAAGAAAGGGGAGAUCUUCGAGCUCAAGGCAGAGCUGAACAGUGAUAAGAAGGAGAAGAAGAAAGAGGCCGUAAAGAAGGUCAUUGCAUCUAUGACAGUUGGCAAGGAUGUCAGCGCUCUGUUCCCAGAUGUUGUGAACUGCAUGCAGACGGACAACCUGGAACUGAAAAAGCUGGUCUACCUCUACCUGAUGAACUAUGCCAAGAGUCAGCCAGACAUGGCUAUCAUGGCUGUUAACACCUUUGUGAAGGACUGUGAAGACCCCAACCCUCUUAUUCGUGCCCUUGCUGUUCGUACAAUGGGCUGCAUUCGUGUGGACAAGAUCACUGAAUACCUCUGCGAGCCACUGAGGAAAUGUCUGAAGGACGAAGACCCAUAUGUGAGGAAGACGGCUGCCGUGUGUGUAGCAAAGCUCCAUGAUAUCAAUGCCCAGUUGGUGGAGGACCAAGGCUUCCUGGACACUCUUAAAGACCUCAUCUCUGACUCCAACCCCAUGGUUGUAGCAAACGCAGUGGCAGCGCUGUCCGAGAUAGCCGAGUCUCAUCCCAACAGUAAUCUACUGGACUUGAACCCCCAGACCAUCAACAAGUUGCUGACAGCUUUAAAUGAGUGUACAGAGUGGGGACAGAUAUUCAUUCUUGACUGCCUGGCUAAUUACACACCUCGUGAUGAUCGUGAGUCCCAAAGCAUCUGUGAGCGUGUUACCCCGCGGCUCUCCCAUGCCAACUCUGCAGUGGUGUUAUCAGCAGUCAAAGUUUUAAUGAAGUUCAUGGAGAUGUUGCCCAAAGACUUGGACUACUAUGGCACCCUGCUGAAGAAGCUCGCCCCUCCACUGGUCACUCUACUCUCCGCUGAGCCCGAGUUGCAAUAUGUGGCGCUUAGAAACAUCAAUCUCAUCGUACAGAGACGCCCAGAGAUUCUGAAACAUGAGAUGAAGGUUUUCUUUGUAAAGUACAAUGACCCAAUCUAUGUCAAACUGGAGAAGCUGGACAUUAUGAUUCGCCUUGCAUCUCAAGCCAACAUCGCCCAGGUGCUGGCUGAGCUGAAGGAGUACGCCACUGAGGUGGAUGUGGACUUUGUCCGUAAAGCGGUCAGAGCCAUUGGCCGCUGUGCCAUCAAAGUAGAGCAAUCAGCAGAGCGUUGUGUCAGCACCCUGUUGGACCUCAUCCAGACCAAGGUCAACUAUGUUGUGCAGGAGGCCAUAGUGGUCAUCAAGGACAUCUUUCGCAAGUACCCUAACAAGUAUGAGAGUGUGAUUGCCACUCUGUGUGAAAAUCUGGACUCCCUGGAUGAGCCGGAGGCACGUGCCGCCAUGAUCUGGAUUGUGGGAGAGUACGCUGAGCGCAUUGACAACGCCGAUGAGCUGCUGGAGAGCUUUUUAGAGGGUUUCCACGAUGAAAGCACACAGGUGCAGUUGCAGCUACUGACGGCAAUCGUCAAGUUGUUCCUGAAAAAGCCUACUGAGACCCAGGAGCUAGUGCAGCAGGUGCUGAGCCUGGCUACACAGGAUUCUGAUAACCCAGACCUCAGGGACCGUGGCUACAUCUACUGGCGUCUGCUCUCCACAGACCCUGUGGCUGCAAAAGAGGUGGUUCUGGCUGAGAAGCCCCUGAUUUCUGAGGAGACUGAUCUGAUUGAACCCACGCUGCUGGAGGAGCUCAUCUGCCACAUUGGCACUCUGGCCUCUGUCUACCACAAGCCACCGAGUGCGUUUGUUGAGGGAAGCCGUGGUGUGCAGCACAAGAGACUGCCUGGCAGUGCUGGAUCUGGGGAGAGUGUUGAGAGCCCAGAUGCAGGUUCUGCUGCUGGAGUUUCUGAGGCACCUCCUGCUGUCAUCCCAUCCCAGGGAGACCUCCUGGGAGAUCUGCUUAAUCUGGACCUGACACCUCCUACCACCACAGGACCACCACCCCCCUCCUCUGGCAUGCAAAUGGGUGCUAUGGACCUUCUUGGAGGAGGCCUGGACAGCCUGAUGGGGGAUGAGUCUGAGCCGCUUGGCGGAGACCUUGGAGGAAGUCCUGCUAUGGGGGCUGGUUUUGGUGCUCCUCCAGCUGCAAUGCCAGCCUCUUUCAGCGCCCCUGUUAGCGGCGGUCUGGAUGACCUGUUUGAUCUCGGUGGUGGAGUUGGUAUGCCUAUGGGAGCCUACAGCCCCCCUAAAACAGUUUGGCUUCCUGCCAUGAAGGCCAAGGGUCUGGAGAUAUCAGGCACUUUUGCUCGCCGUUCUGGGGUCAUCCAAAUGGAGAUGACCCUCACUAAUAAAGCUAUGAGUGUCAUGACUGAUUUUGCCAUCCAAUUUAACAGAAACAGCUUUGGUCUUUCUCCAGCUGGACCACUCCAGGUUCUCACUCCUCUUAGUCCAAACCAGAGUAUUGAAGUGACCCUUCCCCUCAAUACUGUGGGACCUGUCAUGAAGAUGGAGCCUCUCAAUAACCUGCAGGUGGCUGUUAAGAACAACAUUGACGUAUUCUACUUCAGCUGCCAGUACCCCAUCAGCAUGUUGUUUGCAGAGGACGGGAAGAUGGAGCGACAGGUGUUCCUCGCCACGUGGAAAGACAUUCCUAAUGACAAUGAGUCCCAGUUUCAGAUCAAAGACUGCCAUCUCAACUCAGAUGCAGCCUCCAACAAACUGCAGGGUAGCAGCAUCUUCACCAUAGCCAAGCGUACGGUGGAGGGUCAGGACAUGCUGUAUCAGUCCAUGAAACUAUCCAACGGCAUCUGGGUGCUGGCUGAACUGAGGGUGCAGGCAGGAAACCCAAACUACACGGUCUCUCUGAAGUGCAGAGCUCCAGAGGUUUCCCAAUGUGUGUUCCAGAGCUACGAGGCAGUGCUGAAGAACUGAAAAACACCCCCAUGUCGACCCCUGCCGCUGCCCUCACAGACUCCUGGCACCUCCUCUUGCUCCCCCUCACCUGACCCACGGACCAUGUUACAACCUCACACAGUGCAGGAGCUACUUCCUGUUGUGUUGGGCCUGGAGACUGUGCUCUGUAUGUCAUCCAGCUGUUUAAUUAGGAUGGUUAAUGAUCUACUGUCUCAUUUUGAACCAUGUUUUAUUUUUUUCUAAGCCUGCAGAGAUGUCUGGAUCACUCUUGGCUAGUCUUUGUGUGGUGGUUCACACACCAUACGUUUCAGUUUCAGGACAUUAUCUCAUGAUAAAUUAUCUGAAUGAACACUUUGCGACUGAGCAGGUUCUCCACUCCCCCCUGCCUGAGCCAAUCCUGUGACGACCUAUAUUCUUUUGGGGACAGACGGCUGUAUGACUUGUAUUCCCGUGACUGUUUUCUCUUUAAUCAUUAUCCAGCCCCACUUCUCUGCACAUUGGAGUCUAUUUUUAGCGUCUGCAAUCAGCAGGUGAAUCAUCACCCUGGGGCAUAUUUAUUUGGGGUACUUUCAAUUAAAAUGCGGCAGAAAAAGGCUUUAACUCUCCUUACCCCUCUGCCAGUGUGAAGUGGAAAGUGGUUGUCUGGGCCUUAGAAGAGACACAUAAAUACUUACAAACUACAUUAUUGUUGUCUUUGUCAUUUUAUAGAGUUUUCUUUAGUAUCCGUGGUUAGUAGUGGGAUUGGAUCCUCUGCUGUCCCCUGAAAAGCAGAAUGUCUGACGUGCGCUGUGUGCAUGGAAACUGUUUGCUGGUGUGUGGUUCUUUUUAAGUUUUACAUCAAUAUCUGGACAUUUUAUAGACUAGCAUCAGUUGUACACUGACUGCUCUCAUACUUAGUCAUUCCAUGGUUUAAUUUGUGUCCAUAGUCUUGUUAGUGUACAUGUGGCAAACUGGGAGAGAGCCUCAGGUGUUAAGGAUUUUGUAUUUGCUGCUUCCCCCCAUGGCAGUGACAGUCACUCGCGCUCUCUCUGCCAUUUUGCUCUCUCUUUAUUCUCAUCGCAGCUUUUCAAGAACCGUGGCCACCUGAGAUGAAGGGUCAGGUGAGAUAACUCUAAACUUAUAAUGUCAUGGUUUGUAACACUUGUGAGUAAUAAGUAAACAUGAAGGUAGUACACUCUGUCUUAGCUGAAACAAGGCAAGAACAACAUCCAGUGUCCCUGUCUUACCCGCAGAUUAAUUGGAUUCCUUGACUGAGUCAUUACACUGAAGCCCUUUGUAUCAGCUCUACAGGAUGUAUGCACCUACGCUAACACCUUUUACUGAUUACAACAGAGGUGGCUGUGUAUUCAGAGUGUGUCUUUGUUUGUGGUGACGGCUGAUUCAUAUGAAAUGCUGUUUAAAAAAAAAAGGAAAAAAAAAAAUCAAGUGUUAAAUCAGAUGUUUUUGAUUGACAUGAUUUUGUUCAUUGUGUGUACAUCAUUUGAAAACCAACUAUUAAAAGUCUU